UGGUCCUUUAACCUUUCGUCUGUACCGAUUCAGCGAUACAGCAUCGGCAAAUAAUCAGGACUGGACAGGGCCGAUCCCGAUCCGAUUCCUCAACCCAUGCUUCUCACUUCACAGUUCCCUCUUCCAAGCCGAAGCAGCAACGGGGCACGCGAAUGGUAUGAAACAGUUCUAGGCUUGUACUUCGAGCACAUUGGGUCGUCGAAGCCAUGGCGAUGACUUCGUUGUUUCGACUGAUUCGCAGUCGUGUUAAAAUCAAUCGAUGCUUCUCGUCUGCAUCUCAAGAUUUUGGGCCUCCUCCUAUUGUUCCGCAACGAAGAGUUGUUGUUACUGAUCGAGCUAUGUGUGAAUAUAGAAAAGAAUUUGCAGGGUUAGGGAUGGUUACACCUUUGGGCUGUGGAGUGGAAACUACAUGGAAGCGACUUGUACAGGGCGAUUGUGGAAUUAGGGCGCUUUCGCCGGAAGAUCUCAAGAUGAAUGGGUUCGAUAACGAAAUGCAGGUUCAUACGCUUGAUCAGUUGCCAUCCAAAAUAGCUGCUGUUGUGCCUUGUGGAACCAAGCCGGGUGAAUUUAAUGAAGACUUGUGGCAGAAUUCCAAGGAUAGAUCCAUUGCAAGGUUCAUAGGCUAUGCACUGUGUUCCAGUGAUGAAGCUCUGAAAGAUGCAAAUUGGUUUCCAUCUGAACAGGAUAAGAAAGAACGGACGGGUGUUUCCAUAGGUGGGGGUAUUGGAAGCAUUAGUGACAUUUUAGAGGCGGCACAGAUGAUCUGCGAGAAGCGUUUACGCCGGCUCAGUCCAUUUUUUGUCCCACGGAUAUUGAUCAACAUGGCAGCAGGUCAUGUGAGCAUCAAAUACGGAUUCCAGGGACCAAACCAUGCUGCAGUAACAGCUUGUGCUACUGGUGCGCAUUCUAUCGGUGAUGCUGCAAGAAUGAUCCAGUUUGGAGAUGCUGAUGUUGUGGUAGCUGGAGGAACAGAGUCUAGCAUUGAUGCUUUGUCAAUAGCAGGAUUUUGUAGGUCAAGGGCCUUGACUACUAAAUAUAACUCUUCCCCACAUGAAGCAUCACGGCCCUUUGAUUGUGACAGAGAUGGAUUUGUGAUAGGUGAAGGAGCUGGUGUUAUGGUGUUGGAGGAACUUGAACAUGCACAAAGGCGAGGAGCAAAAAUUUAUGCCGAGAUUCGUGGUUAUGGGAUGUCAGGUGAUGCACAUCACAUUACUCAGCCACACAAUGAUGGGAAAGGAGCUAUUUUGGCCAUGACACGUGCACUAAAACAGUCUGGUCUUCAUCCUGAUCAAGUGGAUUAUGUAAAUUCGCAUGCCACGUCAACACCCCUGGGUGACAUGGUUGAAGCAACUGCUAUCAAAUCUAUUUUUUCUGACCGUGCUAUCUCACGUGCUUUGGCCUUUUCGUCUACAAAGGGUGCUACAGGACAUCUCCUUGGGGCGGCUGGAGCUGUGGAAGCAAUCUUUGCAGUUUUAGCUAUAUAUCGUGGGAUUGCACCACUAACACUGAAUCUAAACCAUCCAGAUCCCAUUUUUCAUGAUGGUUUCAUGCCUUUGACUUCCUCAACUGAGAUGCCAAUAAGAGCAGCACUCUCAAACUCCUUUGGAUUUGGGGGGACAAAUGCAUCCCUGCUAUUCACAGCUGCCCCUUAGUGCGUCUCAAUUUUUGCUGCAAGAAAAUUGGAAAGCAAACCUGGGGACCUGGGGACCUGGGG